AAGUCUAUACAGAAAAAUAUUGAAGAAUAUUCCUGAAAAUGGUGAGGAAGGUUGAUAAGAAGAGCGGCCAAUGAGACGUACUCACUGACACACGGCUGGGAGGAGACGUGCUGCUGCUCCUACUCUCUCUAAAUUAGAAUUUAGGUUAACCACAAUCAUGGCAGAACAUAUGAAACCAGAAGAUCUUCAGAGGCUAGAAGAGUUCAUCAGUGCAUGUAAAGGGAACUCUGAAAUUCUACAUCUUCCUCAGCUGUCUUUUUUCAAAGAAUACCUGCUGAAUAUGGGUGCUCGCAUUCCUUUUGAGAGAAGUUCCAAAACUUCAACACCUAAGGAUGAACCAAUGCAAGAGACUACCCCUGAAUCUGAUGAACCAGAAAGUGAUGUUGAAUUGAAUAAUGAAGGAGUGGUUGAACCAGAAACAGAAGAUCCACCUGAGCUUGGAGACAGUAGUAAGGUACCAACAGAGGAGGAUAUUGAUGCAGCUGAUGAAAAGCGGUCUGAGGCCAUGAUGGCCAUUAGUGAUGGUGACCUUCAAAAGGCUGUUGACCUUUUCACAGAAGCAGUAAAACUCAAUCCAGAGUCUGCUAUGUUGUAUGCCAAGCGAGCCAAUGCUCUCCUGAAACAAAAGAGGGUAAAUGCAGCCAUCAGGGACUGUAAUGAAGCCCUUAAGCAUAACCCAGACUCAGCGACAGCUUACAAGUACAGAGGACGAGCUAACAGAUUGUUGGGCAACUGGAUGGAAGCAGCGAAAGAUCUGAGGUUGGCUUGCAAACUAGACUUUGAUGAACAAACGAAUGAGUGGCUAAAAGAGGUGCAGCCAAAUGCUUCAAAGUUAGAGGAACAUGAAAGAAAAUAUGAGCGUCAGCGAAAAGAUAAGGAGAUAAUCGAGAAGAAGGAACGUGCACGUAUAGCUCAAGAGGCAGCAAAGAAAGCACAGGCUGAGCAGGAGAAAUCACAAGGUUCUUCAUUCAGAUUUCCCGGAGGUAUGCCAGGAGGUAUGCCAGGAGGCAUGCCAGGAGGCAUGCCAGGAGGUGACAGUCCUGGUGGAAUGCCAGACUUAGGAAACUUAUUUAAGGACCCAGAUAUUUUGGCAGCAAUGCAGGACCCAGAAGUUGCUGCUGCUUUCCAGGAUGUCUCCACCAAUCCUUCAAACAUCUUCAAAUACCAAUCCAACCCAAAAGUAGCAACUAUUAUCAACAAGUUGAUUUCCAAAUUAGGCGGUGGUGGUGAAGGUAUGUCGGGUGGGAUGCCCGGUGGGAUGCCCGGUGGAAUGCCCGGUGGAAUGGGAGGAUUCCCUGGUGAUUUCCCAGGGGCAGGUGGUUUUCCCAAAGGACCUUCCAAUCAGAAUGCUUCUGAUGAUCUAGAUUAAGGGGAAUGAUAUACUGUCAUGAAUGUAUGUAGUGAGAGAUGCCACUGUUAGCCAAAAGUGUGGUUUGUGCAAACAAUUGAAUUUAGUUUACAAGGAUAUAGUGUAUUUACAAGACAGGUCAUUUAUAAUUUGUAGCCUCAAGGUUAUCUUCUUUAAAUUUGAAAGUUACAGUAUUUAAAGACAUCAUGUAAGGUAGCAUUUUUGUCUUAUUUUGAGGAGAGUCGAUACACAGUAUAAGAAUAAUUUCAUCCUUAAUCUGUAUUAUUUUGUGGAACAGGUUUGCGUGGUGGUAUGCAUUCCUUUUGAGUUGGAUACAGCUUUAUUAUUAUUACUUCUACUUGAGCUGGUAUGUACUGUUCCCUGUGCAUCAAUCUUUUCCCUUCAUUGUAAUUUUCCAAUAUUUAGUACUUACUCAGAAAAUAACAAUACGAUGAAUAUUAAAAAAUUCAUCUUUAACUCACUGUUAAGCUUGUUAUGGAAGAUAGUAGUACUGUACUCUGUAGUAUUAAUAAUAAAACAAAAAAUGGUAUAUCCAAAAGGUCUCUGAACCUCCUCAGAUCGAAAAAGGUGAUGCUUUAUUUUCCCUCUUUCAAAAUUGGAACAUUUAAUUUUUUAUUUUAUAACUCCGUUGUGAAUUAAUUUCUUACCGUAUUAGGUAGAUAUAUACUGUAUUACCCUUCUUUCUGUAUUUGUUAGUUGUCCUUUAACAUUUAGAUUCUACUUCAGCAUUGUUGACAGGAUUAACUUAUGAACUUUUAAUAUGCCUUGGGGGUAAUCAUAGAAGCUUUGUUUAUGGAAUCAUAUUGUUAAAUGUGAAAGAAAUGGACUCCACCACUUCCCUCUCAAUAUUAUGCCCCUUGUGUGUAUGGUGUCACUUCUGAGCUGAAUAAAAUUGUUUGGUUUUUGCCAAAUAAAAUAUUAAAUGUGGCAUCCCUGUAACGAAGGGGUUAACUUCCAGCUACUAGUGUGCUGUAAGAAAAUAUAAAGAGUAUUUAUUAAGUGACUGGUUGACUUCAGUGUCCAGUGAAAACCUUUACACUGGAGGCAACAAGCUAUUUUUUAUAGUUAAUCUUUACUCGGGCUACAUUUACAGAUGCUAGGGGUCUGCCACAUGUUUUCUUAAUUUCACGGCUUUCAAACAAUAGUUUACCCAAGUCAUUAUCUACUGGUUCCCCCUACUUCUCUGUAUUAUUUCAAGUUUAUGCUUACAGCCUUGUGGAUAGUAAGUCUGGUAUCCUUCAAUAUUUUCAUGAAUUAUAUUAGUAUAAGUGAAUUGUAAUCUUAUAACUUGACUGCAACAAUCAAACCAACAAUUUUUUUUCAGCAAAUGUUUUCCAUGUUGAUGUGGGGUUUUCCAUGUUGAUGUGGGACUUUUUAAAGAUGUAGAGACAUCAGUUGAAAUGCCUCUAGUAAUUUGCUCUACCACCUUGUUGUGAAUAAAAGAAAGUGUUACCAGUAAACAGGGUACUGUACUUGGAUAAAAUAUAUUAAAUGUAAACUCUCGAGAUAUGAUUCGACUCGGUAAAUUUUUUUUUAAAGAAGAAUGAUUGAUUAUUUGAUAUGGAUAUAAAAACGGGUGUUAUAGAUCAGUAAAAAGUUUGAAAAUGUAUGACAGGCUGCUAAUAAAGGCUUCACCAGUGGAUUAUUACCAAGAGAAAAUUCUGCUCAUAAUAAAGGAUGCCAUACAUAAACUUUUUCCAUGUCCUGUCAUCAUGAGGCAAAUACUGGUGUAAUGGAUUAUGGCUGGCCUGUUGUAUUUUAUAUAAUAUAAUACAGUACAGUGCUUGUACUUGAUUUCACCAUAAUGAAUAAAUUCAUUACAGUAUACCGUUUACAAGUACAGUAUUACUAAAACAUAUGUUUAAUAAGAUUUACAAAGCUUGGGGUUUGAUUUAUAUUAAAGAAAACUAUUUACUGCAUUACAUUAUGGAUUUUAAUAUUUAAUCAACUGCACUCUUUGAAUAUUUUUAGUACACAAGCCAUAAACACCUGGUCAAUUACCUCUUAGGAUGCUACAGAACUAUUUUCAAAUACUGGGCACAGACAGCAGAAUAAUAUAUCUGAUUUUGGCCGAGUGUUGGAAGUUGUUUUGUAAUAAUACAAAGAAGGAAUAUAUUGGAGUAAGCUAGAUGCCAGCCCUAAUUACAUGUCUCAAUAAUAACUGGAUGUUAAAGAGAGAGAACAAGUUAUAGUCAAGAACUAAAUAUCUUUAAUAUUGGCAGAAAAUAAGCUUUUAUUCAACUUGUUAGGGCAGUGUAGUUUGUAUUGUGAACUUUAGAGUACAGUACUGUACAUUAAUUCAUCCAGUAAACAUUCCUCCAUUUUGGGUUAUCAUUUGAGUGUUAAGUUAAUGUAAGGACUGAGAUCAUGAUUAUAAAUUGUCCUUUUUUUUCUUCUUAACUUUGUAAACUUAUGAAUCGUGUACCGGUAAUUUUCAGUUUCGAAUCACUAUUACACAGUACCUCUGUUGAAAGAAAUGGUACUAAUUACAACCUUAAUUUCAUCCCAAUGUAAAGUGUGUUUAGUUGACAUCUAAUAAGUAUUAAGUAGACACAAGUUCAGUAAACACCAUUAGCACUUGUCAACUUUGUUCUUAUUAGCUGAUGAAUAGGAAAUCAUAAAUUAUAUUUUUUGACGUUUUGAUGGAAGUUCUCCAGUAAUUUUUCUAUGUUCUAGGCUCAUCAUAUCAGCCUUCAUAACUUUGUUAUUACUUUGGUUUCACAUAUUUAGUUAGUAUUCAGAGCCAUAUUUAGCAUGUUAACCACUAAUAGAUUUUAAUUAAAGCAGUGGCCUUUUAAAAGUUGGGGAUAUCAAGUACAAAGUAAAUAGAUGUUGCGUAUCAUUUUACCAGAAUUGCAACAUUUGCAAUGUAUGAAUGUGCUUGAUGAAUGUAAGAUUUAUUCCUACUUAUUUAAUUUUUUGGGUUAAUGGACAUAUUUUCUAGCUCAGUUGAAGGCCUUUUUACAAAGAAAUUUUUUAUUCUAAUCCAUCUCCUGUGGGAAGUUUCCCAUAUUUAAAACACGGUGGUUUGCUGCGUUUGUCAUCCGAAUUAUGUAGUGGCUAUCCACAGUUUAUAAAAAACUCAUGGUUUUGUAUCCAAGCGGGUGAGUAGAAGGGAAAGACUGAACUAUAGACCGUGCAGUUUGUUAGUUAAGGCAUGAAUUUUUUGUUAAUAUUGUUCAAGCUAUUUUUUAUCAUGUCUUGACUCAAUUUUGACAUACGAGCAGUGAAUUGUAGGUGCUGAACAUAAGGUGCACAUUCAAGUAAAGCAUCUGCUUGAAUAGGACAAUAAUAUUUUCUUUAUUGUUUUAAUCAGUAGUGUUAAUCUCUCUCUACUAUUGUGAGGCAAGUUAAUUUUUUUGGAUUUUUUCAAAUUUUAGAACAUCUGGUAAUGAGACUUAUCAUUUGUUGAUAUGAUAUAGUUUGACAGUACAGUACAGUACUUUGCAUCCUUCAAUACAAGUGUUAUCCAGUCUAAAGUUUAAACACAUUGUUUGACUUAUGUCACUCACUGACCCAUCUUAGUCAUAUUGUUAUAGGAAGAAGUGUUCAUAGGUGUGUAUUUAUAAAUAAAUAUCAAAUUGA